CUAUUUCAUGAUGGAAGAAAGUCGAAAACGCCUGAGAAGCUUUGAGGAAGACUGUGAUGACUUUAUGCCAAUAUCUAAACGUAUUCAUCGCUUGAAUAUCAGACAAGAGGAAUGUCCUGAUAGCGAACAUAACCCAAAUGGUGCACAGCAACAAGACAAACUUGGAAACAAUCCAUUACCAUGGCAACCAGGAGGAGACUUGAACCACAAUUAUAGCAACAUUCCUUCAGCAGAACCAUCAAACAAUAAUAAUGAACAACAGUUAUGUCUUGAAUCUCCUCAUAUGAACAUGAAUGGUGCUUAUAAUAUGCAACAGUGUAUUCCUGGUGGUAUACAAAACUCUCAGAUAGGACACUCUAGUCAUAAUAGAUUAUUAGUUCAAAUUCCCCAAGGGUCAGGGCAUACCCACCCAGGCACCUCGCAUGCUGACCCUGGGAGAGCUCAUAUAGAUCCUGGAGGUGUCGAGAAUUCUGAAGAAAUGGAGGUUUAUAAUCCAGAUUUAACAGAACACGAUAAUCCACAUUAUUAUCACCUAAAUCGAAUAUUAUUUGCAGCUCACAAAGCGAAAGUGCAGAGGAAUCAAAGUCAUUAAAGAUAGAAUACUGAUCACUUUUUAUGAACACACUAUUUUUGUAAAAAUGGUCAAACUCUCAAAUAGGUAGUCAGAAUCGGAUCUCCCAAAAACAGUUAUGAUUGAUGUCAUAUACAGAUGAAUUUGGCAUAGUUGGAAAGAUAAUGAUGCCUAGUUUUGAGAUUUACUUGCAUACUGUAUUUGUCUUUAAUUUGGCACGAUUUAAUUUUAGCGAUUUUUGGAAUAUUGGACAUAUUUCAAGGGGACAAAUUAUCAACUCAUUGUCAGUGUUGUUGAUUGAUCUUCGAAUAUUUCUAAAUUUAAACUACCCCCAGCAAUCUUGGUAUAUUACUUAUAACUGGAAGUGCACUGAAUGAAAAACAUGUCAAAUUCCAUUGAUUUUGAUGAGUAUUUAAUUGGUGAUUUUUUUAAUUUGCCAAAUUAAAACACCAAAUUAAAGACAAAUACAGU